AUGUCGAAAUCUCGGAACAGAAACAGCUUGCUAUCGUCUCACAACCGCUCGUCAUACACCAACUCCGCCAAAGAUGAACUAAUGGCAAUGAAAUAUGUGAUGAACAAGCCCGAUCUACCAUUGUAUCCAUUGAACGACGCCGAUUCGGCGAUAGAAUCGCAUUCCAAAGAUUCCUCUGGCGUCGAACCGUCCGAUACCAACCACACCUACCCGGAUUACAAUCCCUGGAAGGACCACACCCAUUUACCAGAAGAUAAGAAGCAGCAAGAACUACAGAGGCUAAGCAAUCCUAACUUUCUCAACAAAGGAUACUUUGAAACUCCCAUCGUCUCCAACGAGUACUACUCGGCCCGUAACUUGAUUCAAGCCACGAUAUUCUCCUCCACAGAUAAUUGCAACAAUGUGUUGAAAGAGCUAUCUCAACACUUGACCAAUGGAUACAAAACAAGAAAUGAGGUUAUCAACAAGAUAAGAGCCAAUUCCAACAACUUCAAGAUACCCCCUAGAGUCACGUUAACGAUCACAAAAAAGGAAUCGUGGCUCAAGGACCUUGCCAACCCUAGCAUUCCCUUGCUGAAGAUUUCAGACAAGCUUCCACAUGGUAUAAGAAACAAGGUCUUGAUAGAAAGUGUUUGCAACAAGGGUGUACCAAUGACAAGAGCAAUUUGGUUCACCAAAUGUGUUCUUUACGGAGAAUUGAUUACCAUAAGGAAGAAGCAUCAGAUUCGAGGUUCCGGUGUCAGCACAGAGGACUUUGAAGCCCAUUGGUUGAAAGAAUGGACGCAACAAGUAUCGGACUACAUUUAUAAGUACUCAAAAGAAAUGGGUAAUAUAUCAUCUCAGGAGAAGAAAACAAGUUAUAUGAACAAGCUAAAUUAUUUACUUCAGUAUGUUCAAACUCUCUACGUGGAAUGUCUACUUGACAAGACCUUUUUUUUAUCCCUUAUUUUGAAAUUUCUCAAGGAAGGGCUCCCUUUGCAAUCUAAGCAUAUUAAUGAAUUGAUGAUCUACUCAAGAAACGAAGGAGAUGAAAGUGAAGAUGAUGAAAUUAAUGACUUAAUGUUGGAUGAGAAUCACAAAUGGAUAACAGAACUAGAUCUUAAUUACGGUCUUCGAUUGGUCUGCCUUACCAUGAUGAAAAUUUUUUGGAAUGACAUUCUCAAAUUCGAUUAUCUUUGCAAAGAAGUUAGUGAGCUACUUUUACUAAAUCACUAUUUCAUAAGCAAAAUUUCAUUCUUGAAUAAUAAAACUAAUUUUAGAAAUUUGUCUGAUGGCCUCAAUCAAAAACUUUUAGCCUUGAUAUCUGACCAUGUUACCUUUCUUUUUGAACUUAAUACGAACGUGUUCAUUCUCCCAAAUUUUUGGGUAUUAAUCAAUUCUACCUUAUACAAAAUUCUAAAAGAUGGAGAGAAAGGUCGUAGCAACCAAGAAAAUGAAGAAAUCCAGGGUCAGCUUGAAUUGAUAAAAUAUCGGAAUGAAAGUUUGGUUUUAAACAUGAGACAAAGCACCAGCUUGGCCAAUAGUAUGACUAAAUUAUCUUCGCUACCAGGUCAGCAAUCUAAUGCAGAAGUCGAAGAAUCGGAUCAUACAUUCAUUAACAGAUCUUCAAAUGAUAUCUUGAGGUUUAUACAACAAUUAGAUGGUUUGAAGUUGGGAGCUCUAGCAGAAAUUCUCAGGCCAGAAGGUACUUAUAGAACAGAAAGUAACGAGCUCAGCCAAUUAUCUGCAUCUCUCAAGAGCACUCUGCCUUCUUGGAGAAUCGGAUUGAGUAUUAUAAUUCAUUGGUCAGUUUCGUCUUACAGAUGCAUGCGAAAAUCCAGUGAAAACAUAUUAAUCAUAUGCAAUUUCUUGAAGAGGCAGGUGUUGCAAUCAUUUUCCAAAACUUCCAAAAGCUCUAUAAACCUUAAGAUAGAGUUUGAGAAUGAAAUUCUAGAAAUAAUUUAUUCUAUUGUGGAAUCUGAACCUUCGACUAUCAUAAAUUACAACCUAUACGUAUUAAUCAAUGAGUUAUACCAGCUCAAAAUUAUUACCAUUUCAUCAUACUUGAGAAAGCUUAUCGCUUCGGGUAUUUUCUAUUUAACCCCUGAGGAUGUGACCAGCGGUCAAAAUCAAUUGGCCCAGAUGCAUUUGAAUAUUUUACAGAAUCUUCCUGUCCUCAAUAAUCGUCAAUGCGAUAGUAUUUUGAAAAAAUGGAUUCCUAAUGGUUUCAACUUCAAAGAAAAGUUCGAAAUGGGAAAAAACGUACUUGAAAAGGAAAUCCUUGGUUUAGUGAGUUCCAAUACUAAAGAUUCCGAAAAUAUGGCCUCAUACAAGGUGAACAUAGAUUCUCCUGACUAUCCACUUCAUUAUAUCAAGGAUCUAAAUGUUGGAUUGAAAUUCUUGCUUGUAAAUUGGGUGACCAAUGAGCUUAAAUCAAACGUUACCAAGUCACCAAAAUUAGUUCACAUAACUCCAUUCACAAUUACUAGUCUUUACAAUUUUUACUCGUUGUGUGACAACUUAACUGUAUUUUUCAAAGUUCUUAUUAAGUUUAUUUUGAAGAAUGAUAGUGGAAUGAUAAUAUUCUACAUGGACUCCCUAUACUUGGUCGCUAGGUUAGUAUUAAGGCAUUUCAAGCUUAUAAAGUUCAUGGGAGGUACAGGAUCGACAGUGACAAAUGGAAGUGAAAGCUCGAGUGCAUAUGAGUUGUUCAAACUAAUUGUAUUGAAUUACAAGGAUCAGAGUACUAGGGAAUUCGAUUAUUUCAAAUUUGAGGGUAUUUGGAAUUUCAUCGACAAUGCCAUCGAAAAGAAACAAAUUGAACCAGAACUGGGUAAGCCUAAAAGACAAUUAGAUGGAGACAAUGAAACGGAUUCACCAUUAAAAAUCACCUCAGAUACAAAACAGGAUGGAAAAUCUUUUGAGUAUAGCUAUACCAAUUUCAAAGAGGAUUUGGAUAGGUUAACUACCGCUACUUCCAAUUAUUUAAGUGACCAAGAAGUUCUUGAUAUUCUCGAUACGUUGCACUUGGAAACUGAACUUGAUAAGCACCAUGAUUCUUUGGCCACAGAUGGAUUAACUUCACCCUCUAAUGACGAACACUUACAUGAAGCACAAUUGCUUAAUCGAGUGCUCGAUUACUACUUUAAACAUUUACCUGAACUAAGUGAAGAAAAUGAAAGCUUGAUAGUAAAGAUCAUGGCGAACAUCCAAAAUAAGCUUCGUUAUGAUGAGACUUUAUUUCGAACUUGUAUUCAAAACUUCAUUUCACUGUUGCUUUCCCUGGCUGAUAGUGAUCAUUUAAUUCUAUUUGUGAAAAAACUUUGUUUGUUUGAGCUCGUUAACAUUAAAGACAUUAUCAAUUUUUUUCAGGAUACAAAUGAAGAUACUGCAAAUGAUAAGAUAGCUGAAGAAAUAACAUACAAAUUGUUGCUUGAAGAAAAGAAUGAGGAUAUGCCUUGUUCGCAGCUCUUGCUAUUAAACCUUGUCAGGGACACAUUCAAGUUCAGAAAUACCAGCACUCAUACAUUCACAAUCUUGAAGGGACUUAGAGUGGGAGAUAGUAUCUUUUCAACAAUUUUAUUCGUGCUGUACAAGGAGCCUACUUUGAGUUUUUUGAACCAUUUGGCAGUCACCAACACCAAGCUAUUCUUGGAUGAACUUAUUUUGAAGAUACCAACCAAAGAUAGUAUUGAGUUACUAAACAUCCUACUCGGUUGGAAAGAAAGUCAGUAUGUUCAGACUUUAGGGGAUUUUUCAAAAGUCGUAUCCAGGAUUGAGGAGUUCAAUUUGCCUCUAGCUCAGGUGCUACUUAGAAGAAUCUGUUCCCAAGAACUUUUUGAGUUACCAAAGUCUGAAAUCCAGUUCAGGAUGAAAACUUUGGUUGAGUCGUUUGUUGGUAAUCUUCAUUUUGAUUUUACUAGUAGAAACUCCUACUUUGGGGAGCUCUUCAACUAUUUAAUCUGGGAUCACAAAGUCUGUGUGUUGAAUAUUCUUGAGGAUUUAGUCUUAUUGAAUACUAACUUUGUGACUGAGUCAAGUCCUAGAAUAAGUCUCCUAGUCAAAAGCUCAGGGGACGAGAUAAACUUACUUCCUGUACUAAAUGACUUUUUCAAAAAGUUUUCUACUUCGUCUACGAAUGUGGUUGGAUCGAGUGGUGGACUCUUUCAAAACUUGCAGAAUUUCCUAACUAAGCUAGUUGAAGUUACUCUUUCAAUUGGUUCUAAGGACAAUGAACAUGAAAAUAUCUCUAAUGCCGUUUCCAUCCUUUUGAGAAUACUAAUUAUUCACAAGGCUACAUUAACCAAAAAAAUCGUUAGUCAGGAUGGUGAACAUUUCUUAUUCAUCAAAAACUUGAUUAAACUCCUCAAAUCAACCUUUUUACAGCAUGGAAACGAGAAGCUUUGCAUAUUGUUGUACGAUUUGCUACUUUUAUUGAAAACAUCCUUGACGGAAGUUUUAACGUUGAAUCUGGAACUCGAUCUUUCUGAAGGUACGUCCCCAGGAUUCAAUAUGGGCUCGAUUGAGGAAACUCCUAAAGUGGAUACCAAUAAUGACCAAGAGUGGAAUGUAACUCCAACGGCACCCGCAACUACUCCGGGAGGAUUGCUGGCAACUCCUAAUGCCACAGCCACGCCUGGUGUAGUUGCAACACCGGUAAUCAAUUUGCAGGGCAACCCUAGUGCUCACUUAUCCAGUAUAUUCAAUCUUCCCGAACCUGUGCAGCAGAAUCCUUUCAAGGAAUAUCUCAAUAGCAAAAUUGAUAGUGUUCUCACGCUUGACGAGUUUGAACUCCAGCGCUCGGGAGAUAUACAUGUGGCCAACGAGUCUAAUUUGGCACUUGUGCCCACUAACCAGGACUCUUCUAGUUUGUCCAAUGCGUUGGGUAUUCUUUCGAAUUCAGUGAGGUCUUCCAACGUGAAAGUUCAAUCGUACUACCCUUACAAACUCAGAAGCUUUGAGAUCUUGGAAGAUUCCUCGCAAGGAUUGAAUGAUUCUUGUAUCAAUCUUCAGUUAUUUGAUGCAUAUACUACUAGGGAGAACCCACCAUAA